AUGAAGUUCCUCCUUGUCACAGCUCUCGCGUCUGUUGCUUUAGGGGCUCCCUCAGAUCCCUACCCAGCGCCCUGCGGACGAUCCGACCCCUCUGGAAUCUGCACCACCAAGGCAACUUGUUACGAAAAAGGCGGCUUUUGGGUACAGCGGGAUUGCACCUUCUACAACGUGCUCGAUAUCGGAUGCUGCUACUCUAUCCCCGAUAAGAAGAACUGA